CUGUGCGCAUUCCGAGACAGUGAAUAUAAUCCUUGCAGCCGGGGUUUGCCUUUUGCUAAGAUCGCACUGCUGGACUGUGGUUUAAUACCCCUCACCGAGUACGUGGGCUUCUACCCAAAGGUAGACUGCAGCGAGCCUCCAGAACCGAGGUUGGGGUGGGGGGGGGGGCGCGGACAGAACCGGGGCUCUCGGUGCGCUUCGGCUCUCGCCACGAUGCGUCUGCUAGCGCUGGCGGUGUUCUUCUCGUAUUCGUGCGUGCGGGGCGGCUGCGAGCCAAAGACCGUGAACAUCGGGGCCGUCCUGAGCCAGAAGAGGUAUGAGCAAGUGUUCAAAGACGCGGUCAACCAGGCGAACGUGGUUUACGGGAGGGAGAAAUUCAAACUCACCGCAAUCUCCGUCACCCAUAAAGCCAAUGCUAUUCAGAUGGCGUUAUCUGUCUGCGAGGACCUCAUCUCCAGCCAGGUGUAUGCGAUACUGGUGAGCCACCCUCCACAGUCCAGCGACCACCUCACACCCACGCCGGUUUCCUACACGGCAGGAUUCUACCGCAUCCCUGUGGUGGGCCUCACCACCCGAAUGUCCAUCUACUCUGAUAAGAGCAUCCACCUGUCCUUCCUGCGCACCGUACCACCAUAUUCCCACCAGGCGCACGUGUGGUUUGACAUGAUGCGCGAGUUCCGCUGGAACCACAUCAUCCUGGUCGUCAGCGACGACCACGAGGGCCGUGCAGCACAGAAGAGGCUGGAGACCCUGCUGGAGGAGAGGGAGACGAAGAAUAAAAAAAGGAACUAUGAAAACCUCGACCAACUGUCCUAUGACAACAAGCGAGGACCCAAGGCAGAGAAAAUCCUCCAGUUCAACCAAGAGACUAACUUAACCGCCCUGCUUCUGGAGGCCAAAGAACUAGAGGCUCGUGUGAUCAUUCUCUCCGCCAGUGAAGAGGAUGCUGCUGCCGUGUACAAGACCGCGCGCUUCCUCAACAUGACAGGAUCCGGCUACGUGUGGCUGGCCGGAGAGAGGGAGAUGUCCGGUAAAGCUCUGAGUGAAGCUCCAGACGGGCUAAUCGGCCUCCAGCUCAUCAACGGCAAGAACGAGUCGGCUCACAUCAACGACGCGGUUACCGUGGUGGCACAGUCUGUGCAGGAGCUAUUCGAGAAGGAGAACAUCACAGAACCGCCACGGGGCUGCGUGGGCAACACCAACAUCUGGAAGACCGGACCACUGUUUAAACGAGUUCUGAUGUCAUCCAAAUACCCAGAAGGCAUGACAGGACGUGUGGAGUUUAACGAUGAUGGUGACAGGAAGUACGCCCAUUACAGCAUCCUCAACUACCAGAAGAGCAGGCUGGUUCAAGUUGGUAUUUAUAAUGGGACUCAGGUGGUGUUAAACAAACAGAGGAAAAUCAUCUGGCCAGGAGGGGAGACGGACAGACCGAGAGGCUUCCAGAUGUCCACAAGACUAAAAAUAGUCACCAUUCAUCAGGAGCCCUUUGUGUACGUGAAACCUACCUUGAUGGAUGGCACGUGCAAGGAAGAGCACACACCUAACGGUGUCCUAAUUAAAAAGGUGAUCUGCACUGGACCGAACGAGACUAUCCCAGGACGUCCAAUUGUGCCACAGUGCUGUUAUGGAUUCUGCAUUGACCUUCUGAUCAAGUUGGCCAUGACCAUGAACUUCACCUAUGAAGUCCACCUGGUGGCUGAUGGGAAAUUUGGGACCCAGGAGAGAGUGAACAACAGUAACAAGAAAGAGUGGAACGGCAUGAUGGGGGAACUCUUGGGUGGCCUGGCGGACAUGAUUGUGGCUCCGCUCACGAUCAACAAUGAACGUGCCCAGUACAUUGAGUUCUCCAAACCGUUCAAAUAUCAGGGCCUCACCAUCCUCGUGAAAAAGGAAAUUCCACGCAGUACACUGGAUUCGUUCAUGCAGCCUUUCCAGAGCACGCUGUGGUUGCUGGUGGGUCUGUCGGUGCAUGUGGUGGCGGUGAUGCUCUACCUACUAGACCGGUUCAGCCCAUUUGGAAGGUUUAAAGUAAACAGUGAAGAAGAAGAAGAAGAUGCCCUCACGUUAUCGUCGGCUAUGUGGUUCUCCUGGGGAGUGUUGCUGAACUCUGGAAUUGGAGAAGGUGCACCACGCAGCUUCUCAGCGAGAAUCUUGGGCAUGGUGUGGGCUGGCUUUGCCAUGAUCAUUGUGGCAUCGUACACUGCCAACCUGGCUGCCUUCCUGGUGCUGGACCGGCCUGAGGAGCGCAUCACCGGCAUCAAUGACCCGCGGCUGAGGAACCCAUCAGACAAGUUCAUCUACGCCACCGUGAAGCAGAGCUCGGUGGACAUCUACUUCCGCCGUCAGGUGGAACUAAGCACCAUGUACCGCCACAUGGAGAAGCACAACUAUGAGAGCGCCGCUGAAGCCAUCCAGGCCGUCAGGGACAACAAGCUGCAUGCUUUCAUCUGGGACUCUGCGGUACUGGAGUUUGAAGCCUCGCAGAAGUGCGACCUGGUGACCACGGGAGAGCUGUUUUUCCGUUCGGGCUUUGGCAUUGGCAUGCGCAAGGACAGCCCCUGGAAACAGAAUGUGUCCCUGGCUAUUCUCAGCUCCCAUGAGAAUGGCUUCAUGGAGGACCUGGAUAAGACCUGGGUGAGAUACCAGGAGUGUGACUCCAGGAGCAAUGCCCCAGCCACACUCACCUUUGAGAACAUGGCAGGUGUCUUCAUGCUGGUCGCCGGAGGCAUCGCAGCAGGGAUCUUCCUCAUCUUCAUCGAGAUCGCGUACAAGCGCCACAAGGACGCCCGCAGGAAGCAGAUGCAGCUGGCCUUCGCGGCCGUCAACGUCUGGAGGAAGAACCUGCAGGACAAUAAGGAAAGUGUCGGGGGUCAAGUUGCGGGUGCAGCUGGGACUCCGUCUUUACCCUCUUCCUCUGUAGAGACUCAGGAUGAUAGGAAAAAUGCUAGAGCAGAUCCAGAGCCCAAAAAGAAAGCCUCUUUUAGGUCCAUCAGUUCCACCCUGGCCACCAGCCUCAAGAGACGUAGAUCCUCUAAAGACACGCAGUAUCCACCCACAGACAUCACGGGCCAGCUCAACCUGUCUGACCCGUCUGUCAGCACUGUGGUGUGAGGCACGGCUAGCAGGAGAGCAAGAUGUGGGUCUCUUACGGACAAAGUGGGGAAAUGGAGUUGGGAUGGGGCAAGAGUUCCUCUCUGGUGAACACUGGCUGCCACUCGUGAGCUUCUGACCUUUAUGGAGACACAAGAAAUGAUCUAAACUUCCUAGUGGGAUCUUCUCUGGACUUUGAAAAUGUUUGCAGCAAAGAAUAAA